AGAUCUUCUGAGCUUUGGAUUAGGCUGCAUGAAAGAAACUUUCCCUGCCUACAACAUUUCAUGAAUUGCAUGAUGUCUUCUAUGAAAGAAAAGGCGCACCAUCCUCGUGAAUAAUCAGCCAUCUAGUAAAAAUGUACAAAAAUCUUCAAAGUGCCUACAACAUGAAGCUUAUGUUCCUAAAAUAUAGUUUGUUGUGAGGCACCAUUGUGUGGUUCUGACCUCUAAUGGCCUUGAAUGUAUUUCCAAAUUUAGACAGUAGCAUCAACUCCCAUCAGGAGAGAAACUGUUGCCAAAUUGAAGGUUGCAAUCAAUGGAUUUGGACGCAUUGGCAAGAACUUGCUUCGGUGCUGGCAUGGCCGGAAAGACUCACCCCUUGAUGUGGUUGUUGUCAAUGACAGUGGUGGUGUCAAGAAUGCUUCAAACAUUUGUUGAAGUAUGAUUCAAUGCUUGGAACUUUCAAAGCAGAAGUCAAAAUUGUGGAUGAUACUCAUACCACCAUUAGUGUUGAUGGCAAGCCAAUCGAGGUUGUCUCUAAUAGGGAACCUCUCGAGCUUCCAUGGGCUGAUCUUGGCAUUGAUAUUGUCAUUGAGGGAACAGGAGUUUUUUGUGGAUGGCCAUGGGGCGAGGAAGUGCAUUCAAGCUGGUGCCAAGAAAGUUAUCAUCACUGCUCCAGCAAAAGGUGCAGACAUUCCAACUUAUGUUGUUGGAGUCAACAAAGGUGAUUACUCUCACGUGGUCUCAAACAUCAUCAAGAAUUGUCAAGGGAACAAUGGCAAGCACCCAUUCAUACGCUAGAGACCAGGUACUUGCACUCACUGAAAUAUUACUUGGAUGUAGAGCUUAAGCUAAUUCAAAGAAUUUUGAAUUCCAAAUGCAUAAGUUGGAGAUUUAUGUGCACAAAGGCGGCUAAAUUGCUACUUGUGAUCAUGCAAAGACUCUUGGACGCUUCACACUACGACUUGAGGAGAGCUAGGGCUGGCAGCAUUAAACAUAUUCCCAACAAGUACCGGUGCAGCCAAGGCUGUCUCUCUUGUGCUGGGCAAGCUCAAUGGUAUUGCACUCCUUGUACCAACACCAAAUGUUUCAGUUGUUGACCUUGUUGUGAAUGUUGAGAAGAAGGGGAUUACAGCUAAGGAUGUCAAUGCUGCCUUCAGAGAGGCAGCUGAGGGGCCAUCUGUGAUGUUCCUCUUGUUUCAGUGGACUUCAGGUGCAGCCAUAUUUCUUCUACCACCGACUCUUCACUAUGGUAAUGGAAGAAGACAUGGUUAAGGUGGUGCCUGGUAUGACAAUAAAUGGGGAUACAGGUCAGGAUACAUUACUUAAAACUUUCCGUUUCUAACUAUAAUCUUAUUUGUGCCUUACCAGUUACAGUAAUAUCAUGGAUAUUUGCAGCCAAAGGAUCGUUGAUUUGGCACAUCUUGUAGCAAGCAAGUGGCCUGGCAUGCCUGCUGCAGGUAGUGGUGAUAUCCCUUGGAGUAUUUCUGCAAGACAAACCCUGAUGAAGAAUGCAAAGUUGAUGAAGCUUAGAUCAUUCCAGUUUUCUUGUCAAGAUGAAUGCUUGUAAUGAGCAAGUUUUCGCAGAUGCUUAUUUUGUAAUGACAGUUGAUUCAUCAUGAACAGAAUAAUCUUUUGAAAUAGCCAAUGCUAUAAAUGAGAUUGCUUCUA